CUCAUUGGAACUCUCUUUACCCAUUCUCUCACGCCACAUCACUGCUUUGUUCGAGUGCAGCAUUUUACUACUCCAAUGGAUGAUGAUUUUGAUAUUCCGGGGGCAGAAGGAAUGGAUGAUGACAUAGAUCUGCCGGACGAAAGUCCGAUCAUGAAAGUCGGCGAAGAGAAGGAGAUCGGAAAAGAAGGUUUGAAGAAGAAGCUUGUUAAAGAAGGCGAAGGAUGGGACACUCCUGAAGCUGGAGAUGAAGUAGAAGUUCAUUAUACUGGCACUCUGCUUGAUGGGACCAAGUUCGAUUCCAGUCGCGAUAGGGGCACUCCUUUCAAGUUCACUCUCGGUCAAGGACAAGUAAUUAAGGGAUGGGAUCAAGGUAUUAAGACAAUGAAAAAGGCUGAAAAUGCCAUUUUCACCAUUCCUCCAGAGCUGGCUUAUGGAGAGUCUGGUUCUCCUCCAACUAUCCCUCCAAAUUCCACUCUCCAGUUUGACGUUGAAUUGCUAUCAUGGGUGAGUGUAAAGGACAUCUGCAAGGAUGGUGGUAUCUUCAAGAAGAUCCUCACCAAGGGAGAGAAAUGGGAAAAUCCCAUGGAUCUUGACGAAGUUCUAGUCAAGUAUGAAGCUCAGCUUGAAGAUGGAUCAUUGGUUGGAAAAUCAGAUGGAGUGGAGUUCACUGUUCAGGAAGGACACUUCUGCCCUGCUAUUGCGAAAGCUGUGAAAACUAUGAAGAAAGGUGAAAAAGUCCAGUUGACGGUCAAGCCACAGUAUGGCUUUGGGGAGAAAGGAAAACCAGCCUCAGGUGAUGGAGGAGCGGUCCCACCUAAUGCUACACUGCAAAUUAGCUUGGAGUUGGUAACAUGGAAGACUGUCUCAAGUGUAACUGACGAUAAGAAAGUAAUAAAGAAGAUCUUAAAAGAAGGGGAAGGAUUCGAGAAACCGAAUGCAGGGGCUGUGGUUAAAAUGAAAUUGAUCGGCAAGCUACAAGAUGGCAGAGUCUUCAUAAAGAAGGGCCACAAUGGAGAAAAUGAAGACGAGCUUUUCGAGUUUAAGACAGAUGAGGAGCAAGUUAUAGAUGGGUUGGAUAGAGCUGUCAUGUCAAUGAAGAAGGGUGAAGUGGCACUGCUAAUAAUUGCACCUGAUUAUGCCUUUGGUCCAUCUGAAUCAAAGCAAGACUUAGGCGUUGUUCCUCCCAACUCAACUGUAUAUUAUGAGGUUGAGCUGGUUUCCUUUGUCAAGGAAAAGGAAUCAUGGGAUAUGAAUACCCAGGAGAAAAUUGAGGCUGCUGGCAAAAAGAAAGAGGAAGGAAAUGCUCUCUUCAAGGCUGGUAAAUAUGCAAGAGCAUCAACUAGAUAUGAGAAGGCUGCUAAAUUUAUUGAAGGUGAUACUGACUUUAGUGAAGAGGAAAAGAAACAAGCUAAAGCUUUGAAGAUCAGCUGCAACUUAAAUAAUGCAGCUUGCAAGUUGAAACUGAAAGAUUACAAGCAGGCGGAGAAGCUGUGUACCAAGGUGUUGGAAACUGAGAGUACUAAUGUUAAAGCUCUUUACCGGAGAGCUCAAGCAUAUAUGAACAUGGCAGAUCUUGAUCUAGCUGAAUUUGACAUUAAGAAAGCCCUUGAGAUUGAUCCUAACAACAGGGAUGUGAAGCUUGAAUACAAAGCUCUGAAGGAGAAAGUUAAGGAAUUCAAUAAGAAGGAUGCAAAAUUCUAUGGGAACAUGUUUGCUAAGUUAAAUAAGUUGGAUGCCAACUAGAUGUAAGUUUCAGACACAUGAUUUCUAGAGUCUAUGUAGCUCCAUGUUGUUUGAUGACCAGUUCAUGACACACUUUAUCUUUGUGCAGAACUCCGCUUCCAAGAACCACAACCAAUGAGCUUUAGACAGUAAAGGCAUAGUUGUCUUAAGCAGACAAGUCUUACUUUCAUGGCGCGUUGUUAGUUGUCUGU